AUGGAGUCCAAUAUUGACCGCGUGACGGCUCCCGAGUGUGAAAGCCUGGCAUUCAACGACAACAUUGAUGGAUACAGGCAAUUUUCCGGUGCGGCAAAUGUGGCCCAAAAGACGGUCAUCUCCAAUGAGAUGGGCGCAGAUCUUGAAAAAGCCCUUGCACUUCCACUCGCACAUCUCUUGUGGCAAAUCAACACUGCCUUUUCAGGGGGUGUGAAUCAGGUUGUUUUACACGGACAAACUUAUACUGGCGACUAUUAUCAGACGACUUGGCCAGGUUAUCUAGCCUUUUUGCUCUUGUUUGCCGAUUCCUAUAUGGACAAGCAGCCCUCCUGGCUGUGGAGUUUGCCAGAUGCCAUUGGGUAUAUCAAUCGGAACCAGUUUGUUCUUCAUCAAGGACAACCUCGAAUCGAUGUUGCAUUUUACAACAAGGUUUCGUACACUGAUCCUCAGUUGGCAACUUUGUAUCAAGGUAGCGACUUGGUCGAAGCUGGCUUCACAUACAACUAUUUGAAUCCUAACAACUUCAACCUCUCCCAGGCAUUUGUUUCUGGAGGCUUACUGGCCCAUCAAUCUCCUGCCUAUCAAGCCCUUGUGGUGCCUUCAUAUGAGAAUAUGACAAGGGACGCAGUUUCAGUGAUUCAAGGGUUCGCCGAUUCCGGUCUCCAUGUCGUUCUGAGCGAGGACCUGCCAGGCUACUACUCAACUGGCAACAGUUCUGAACAGGAAGCCGUAUCAGCGGCUUUGCAAAACCUGAAGGACUCGGCAAAUGUCCAUACUGUUACAGAUGGUCAAAUUGCGUCCAAACUUCAAGCUUUGAAUAUUCGUCCCCGUGUUAGGACGAUCACGACGGAUAAUACGACUUGGUAUCCAGUCAUGCGUACAGACGACUCUACGGACUAUGUUUAUGUAUUCAGCAAAGACACUGCUGGCGCAGGUCAUCUCGUUGUGAACACUACUAAAUCCCCAUACAUCUUCAACAGCUGGACUGGUGAAAGAAUGCCUCUACUCAAUUACCGCCUUGAAGGAAAUACCACCAAGAUUCCGCUCAGCUUAAAGGCAAACCAGACUGUCAUUCUGGCAUUCAGUGAUGGUUGGAAAUCGGAGGUCGACACACCUUCUGUGCACGCUACCCAAGUUCCUUCGAACGUGCUGGGCUAUAAUUAUACCACAGCUAAAGGUUUGGUCUUGCACACCACCACGGGGGCAUCAGGGAGCAGUCACAUUUUGAAGUUGUCUAACGGGAAGACAUAUGACAUCUCAACCAAGGCCACACUCUCCCCAGUCUCCCUGGGUAACUGGACACUGACAGCGGAACAUUGGAAAGCCCCCCAGAAUAUGUCCGACGCCACGGUAAUUGCAGAAAAGCAUAAUACUACACACCACCUAACCUCCCUGGUCUCUUGGCUUGAUAUUCCCGGACUUCACAAUGCCUCGGGAUUGGGAUAUUAUUCUACCCAAUUCCCUUGGCCACCGGCAUUCUCUAACCAGAGUGGUGUUUCCGGGGCAUACCUGUCUCUUCCAGCUAUUGCCCAUGGUCUAAAGUUGUUUGUCAAUGGACAAGCUGUGCAGGCUCUGGACUUCGCCAACCCCUUGGUUAAUAUCGGUCCUUUUCUGCAAAGUGGAAACAAUAACGUCACAGCUAUUGUUCCGACCUUGAUGUGGAAUUAUAUUCGGAGCAUUUAUGACGAGAUCCUGAUUUCCGGUUCCAAGCCAGCCCUCACAACCCUCCCAAGCAAUGUGGACACAGGACUUAUUGGGCAAGUGAAAAUAAUACCUUAUACCAAUUUCCAGUCCUCGAUCUGA